AUGGUGAUCCAAAGAAAGAGAUUUCAAUGUACAUCUAAGUCAUAAUAAAGUAUUAAAUAAAUCCAAAUACUACAACUUUAAUUGAAUGAAGUUGAAGCUCAACUCAAUGAAUUUAAGGAUCAAAAUUAAUAACUUAUUGCUAAUUCUACAUAAAAUAAUAAUUCUGAAUCGUAGUUAUAAUAAUUGAUAAAACAUGAUGAGCAUCUUAUAUAAUAAAAAGAUUCCUAUCUCAAAAAAAAAGAAACUUAAAUUUCCAAUCAUGAAUAAAUCAUUAUACAAAAGACAAUGAAAACAAAGAUUAAUAAAUUACAUUAUUGA